UCGUCAACGACAGGCGUCACUUGAACGCAUCUCAAGUUGCGGAGCUGUGAAGAUCGAGCCGGACCGUGAAGGCAGCACCAAACCCUCCUGCCAGGCUACUUGUUAAUCGCGACAGAGCGGCAGAGUUCAGAGUUACAGAUGCAGGAAGGCGUGAACUUCAAUCAAAACCCUCACCGGCAUUCUUUAUUGGAUAAAUAAACAUUAUUUACUGCGCUUACAUCUGUUAUUUUUAUGUGAGUGUUGAUGUGAAGGCCAGCACCGGUGUGACCCAGACAUGGCUGAGGCACCCCCACCACAGGUACAGCCUGUCGACAUUGACCCGGACUUUGAGCCCCUCUCCCGCCCGCGGUCCUGCACCUGGCCGCUGCCCCGGCCGGAUCUCGCCGACCCCGCCGGCUCCAACGCAUCCUCCCCGGCGCCGUCGGUGCAGCAGGAGUCGGGAGGAAACGCGGAGUUCAUCAGCAGCCUCGGCUUGCUGGAAGAGAACUUCGACGAAUACGCCGAGGAGAAGCCCCGCUGCAAUGUUUUCCAUCCCCACCACCACCACCACCAUCAUCACCACCACCUCCAGCAGCAGCAGCAGCAGCUGCCCGGUCCGCAGCUGCCGCCUCAGCAACAGGUGUCUCCUUCGGGGGUCCCACCCUUGGGCGCCUCCGGCCAGAGGAAGAUCAGCUCGUCCCGUCGCAACGCCUGGGGUAACAUGUCCUACGCCGACCUGAUCACCAAAGCCAUAGACAGCUCACCUGAGAAGAGGCUGACCCUGUCCCAGAUUUACGACUGGAUGGUCAAGAGCGUGCCCUACUUCAAGGACAAGGGGGACAGCAACAGCUCUGCGGGGUGGAAGAACUCCAUCAGACACAACCUGUCGCUGCACAGCCGCUUCGUGCGCAUCCAGAAUGAGGGGACGGGCAAAAGCUCCUGGUGGAUGCUUAAUCCCGAAGGAGGAAAAAAUGGGAAGUCCCCUCGACGCAGAGCUGUCUCCAUGGACAACAAUAAUAAGUUUGUCAAGAGCAGAGGAAGAGCCACAAAGAAAAAGGUGUCUUCACAGGAAGCCGUAGAAGGGGAAGGAAGCAGCCCGGGGCCUCAGUACUCUAACUGGCUUGGAAGCCCGAACUCCCACAACAACGAGGACUUUGAAGCCUGGAGCUCCUUCAGAACGCGCACCAGCUCCGACGCCAGCACUCUGAGCGGACGCCGCUCGCCGUUCCCCUCCGAGCAGGACGAUCUCGUGGAGCCUGACGGACACAUGUUGUUCCCCGCAACGUCCGGGACCAAGAUAACCUCCACCCUUCCCAGCCUGUCCGAGGUGUCCGGAUCCAUGGGCCAGCAUGGCUCAGAACGGGUCAUGGAAAGUUUGCUGGAUAACCUCCACCUGCUGUCUCCCAAAGCGCCCCAGCUGGGCUCGGACUCACCGCACUCCCCAAACUCCGCCAGGCUUCAGAGCAGCUCCUAUAGUGCUUCUGGCUUGAGCCAGGACUACACUAAGUCCAUGUACAGCCAGGUGAGGCUGAACUCCCUGUCCCCUGUCCCCAUGCAGACACUUCCAGAGAACAAGCCUGGCUUCGGAGUUCACGAGAACCAGUACAUCUGUCCUGCAGGACUCCUCAAAGAGCUGCUGUCUGCUGAUGCAGGCGCCGGUAGGGACAUAAUGCCUUCCGGUGACAGGAGGAUGUCUGGAAGCGUGAGUGGGGUCAUGUCGGCUUACGGCACUCACAACCAUAUAGGAGGUCAUCCUGGUAUUAAAAUAAUUACCCCUCCUCAGAGUCACCCAGGUCUGCAUGUAAACCCGCAAUCUAUACAUAGCCAAGGUCCUGCUCCCUCCAGAGACUUGAAUAGUUGUAACGUGAUACCCCUGACUAGUCUGACUAGUCUCUCAGGGGCCCCUCAACGACUGAAUAGACUGAGGACGUGCAUGCAGCCUCCUCAAGGACACCCGGCGCUCACCAACCACUUUUCAGCGAGCUACGCCAACAGCUACAGGGAGCUGAACUCAGUUCACUCUCACGGCCAUCACCCGGAGCGGCUGCCCAGCGACCUGGACAACAUGUCCAUCGAGAGGUUGGAAUGUGACCUGGAGUCUGUCCUCCAUGAUACCCUGAUGGACGGCGGGGGGCUAGACUUUAAUUUCGACCCUGCGGCCGGACCCCCUGGGUUUCCCCAGAGGGUGAAGAGCACAACGCACAGCUGGGUGUCGGGUUAGGCUGCAUAAGUGGAGAGGGCGGAGGUGGAAUUAGCUCCACCUUCUCGGCAGGUAGCAUGCAAGACAUAAUAUGUAAAUAAAGAAAUCAUCCUUCUCUGCACAAAAUUAUGAACAUCACAUCUGUACUGUAGAAAAUUGUAUUAUCUUUACGACUGAAAAAAA